CAUGUGCCUUUGUGUCUUCAAGAUGGUGCCAUUUCUUGCAGCCCUUUGCGUGUACGCCGUGGCUGGGGAGCCCGCUUUUAAGUUUAACUGGAUCCCUCUCCUCGAAGUCGUGCCUGAAGGACCUCCCCGUGCUCAUGUGCGUAUCGUGGGGGGCGCUGUGGCAGAACCACACAAAUACGGGUACCAAGCUGUUCUAAUCGAAAAUGGUAGUUUCAUCUGCGGGGCCGUUGUGAUCAGCGACCAGUUUCUGCUGACUGCUGCCCAUUGCAUAACUGAUGUGAAUAAAAGAUACAAGGCACUUAUGGGCGGCCACAAUCUAUCAGAAAUGGAGAAGUCUCAACAAAUUAUUGGCGUUGAGAAAGUAUUCUUGAAUUCUAAUUACACUACUAUCCGUGCUUUGAGCGACAUAGCUGUCUUGAAACUAAAGGAGAAGAUGAAGAUUAAUAAAGAAGUCUACCCCAUUAAGUUGCCGACCCAUAACGUGCAUCCAGGAAUGCCCUUGGUGGUCACUGGUUGGGGAAUCACCAAGUCAGCCGUUGAACCAUUUACACUUCUGCAAAAAAUAUCUACCUCCACCAUCGAUCAGAGUACCUGCAGGCAACACGUUCUCAUGGGUGGACAGCAGCAUGUUCUGUGUGUACAUGCCGAACCCCCUAGCAUCCCCAUGUAGUGGCGACUCAGGGGUCCAGCAACCUACAAGAAUUUCGUCAUGGGAAUCACUUCCUUUGCCACGGUAGGAUGUUCAGCAUCAUACCCACAAGGUUUCACGAAUGUCUUCAAGGCCAUUGGAUGGAUUGAAAAUAUAAUAAGAGAUAAUGGAUGCGGCCCCUUGUUGUCCAGUCCGUACACUCUUUUAGUUUUGUUUUUGGUACAUGUUGUAUUAGUGUACCCAUAUCUGUAAGGCGGGACUUGGAGUUCCCUUAAGGUUAAGGUUAAGUGGAAAUGAUUAAUUGGCUGACUGUCUUUUUGAGAUAUCUAACAUAAUAAAGGACUCUUCUGUAAUGUAAA